AUGACAAAACCCUUGUGGCUCUUCUUGAUCCUCUCCAUCCUUCCAGUGGCCCUGGCAGUUGGUGUGGACCAGUCCAAGAAUGAAGUGAAGAAACACAGCUACUUUGGAUCCAUUAAUAUCCACAAUGCCAAUGUGAAGCAGUGUGUCUGGUUUGCCAUGAAAGAAUACAACAAGGCAAGCGAGGACAAAUAUGUCUUCCUUGUGGACAAGACACUCCAUGCCAAACUUCAGAUCACAGACCGCAUGGAAUACUACAUUGAUGUUCAGCUCUCCCGCAGCAAUUGCAAAAAACCUUUAAACAAUACUGAAAACUGCAUCCCUCAAAAAAACUCCAAACUGGAAAAGAAAGUGAAUUGCAGCUUUCUGGUAGGAGCACUUCCCUGGAAUGGCGAGUUCAACCUGUUGAGCAAAGAAUGUAAAGAUAUCUAA